UGUUUGUCAGUAUGUCUCGUAGAACAAGUACCCUCGUGUUGAAGGUAGAAACAACAACCCUCACGUUAUAACAGGCUCUUUUGCUAACUUACCAGAUGCUAGCUUAGCUCGCUAUGUAGCACUACGUUACAGUAAGUGGCUCAUGUUUUGACAUUGGUCGGCACAAAGGAGAAGGAGAAUGGAUGCCCUCACCCACAUGCUUACAGAUCCUCUCGAUCCAAAAGAAGAAAACGAUGGACAAAUCACAGAGGAAUGCAUGCUAGGGAACUGUAGAGUGAAUCUCCCAGAGGACCUACUAGAGGACCCCGAGAUUUUCUUCUCUGUGAUGAGCGAAAGCACCUGGAGUGAAGUUCUGUCAGAUUCGCAGAGGCAGCACCUUCGUCAGUAUUUGCCACAGUUUCCUGACAACAACGUUGCGGAGCAGGACAGCACCAUCAGUGACCUAUUCAACAACAGAGAUUUUAACUUUGGAAAUCCCCUUCAUCUUGCACAAAAACUUUUCAGAGAUGGUUACUUCAAUCCUGAGGUGGUCAAAUACAGACAACUGUGCGCCGAGUCCCAGAGGAAACGACAGUUGUAUUCCCUUCAGCAGUAUUACCACAGGUUGUUGAAGCAGAUCCUCGUCUCCAGAAAGGAGCUGCUGGAGUUUGCAGUUCACAAUGGCCUGGACUUUCCACCAAAAAGAAAGUUACCAUCUAAGACUCAUGCUGAAAUGCGGGAGCCAAGGGUGAGAAGAAGACUGAGCCGCAUAUUAAAGGAGGUCAAAACUGAGUGUGGGGACAGCAAUGCUUCAUCUGAUGAUGAUGACAUAUCAUUAUGGACUCCGGCUCCACAAUCGCCUUCUUCUCCGACACCAAUCAUCUCACUCAGAGUUCUACCCAGCCUCUCCACCCAAGACAUGAAGACUACCGAAAAAAUAGAACUAGGGGAGCGGGACUUGAAAGCCAUGCUGCAAAACCACAGAGAGAAGAGGAAACGACAGCCAGACCAUCCAGACUUGAUGACCUCUGACAUCCACCUUGGAGACAUACUCUCAAGAACAAAUAUCGGUCGGAAGGGGACCAUGCCACUCUUUGAUCUGUCUCUGCCUAAGAAGAAGAUAAAAGAUGAGAGAAAGAAGAAGAAAAUGAGGACAAUAAAAGUGGAAUCUGAGGAUCCCUGUGAAACUCUGGCACCUUCAGACACCCCAUCUGCUCCACCAGCGAACAUCAUCAACUCAUUGCCGGACACACCGUCUACUCCACUGCCUAACAUAAAGGAGGAGAUUGUGGAGGAGUGUCAGAGCAGCCCGGUUAUGGUGGAGGAAAUAGCUGUCAGUUUCUUCAGCUUGUUGGAGAACAUCUUAAGGACAGAACACCUGUCCAGUACUUCAAUGUUGGAGGAUAAAGUUCAACUGUGGCAGUCGUCUCCAGCCAGCUCCCUCAACGUGUGGUUUUCGGCUGUCCCGUGUUGGUCUGACUUGGUUCUUCAAGCCCUGCAGUUUCUUGCAGGAGAGACGAAAGAUGGCAUGAUGGCACUCCCCAGCGGCUUUUCUCCAUUUGUGGAAUUUUCCGAUGACACUCAGCAGUGGAGGUGGAUUGGCCCUACUCAGGAUACAGAGAAGGAUGUCAGCGCACUCUGUCAGCUGUGGCUGGACUCCAAGGAUUUAGUUGUCAAGACAGAAAAUGAAGACAUGUUGGAGAUCACCUCUCCCACACCAAGAGUUUCAACUGAUUACGUGGUGCGGCCCAGCACUGGAGACGAGAGACAAGUGUUUCAAAUCCAGGAGCAGCAGCGAUACAACCAGCCACAUAAAGCCUUCACUUUCAGGAUGCACGGCUUCGAGUCUGUGGUGGGGCCAGUUAAAGGGGUGUUCGAUAAGGAGAUGUCUCUCAACAAAGCCCGGGAGCACACUCUACUGCGCUCAGACCGACCACCUUACGUCACUAUUCUCUCUUUGGUGCGGGAUGCAGCAGCCAGGUUACCCAAUGGAGAGGGAACAAGGGCCGAGAUCUGCGAGCUGCUGAAAGACUCACAGUUUCUAGCUCCAGAUGUCACUAGUGCACAGGUGAACACAGUUGUCAGUGGGGCUCUGGAUAGACUUCACUAUGAGAAAGACCCCUGUGUGAAGUAUGACAUCGGUCGCAAACUCUGGAUUUACCUGCACCGCAGUCGCAGUCAAGAGGAGUUUGAGAGGAUCCACCAGGCUCAAGCUGCUGCUGCAAAAGCAAGAAAAGCCCUACAGCAGAAACCCAAACCUGCAUCUAAGCCGAAGUCUGGAAGUAAGGAUGGAGGCAGUAAAACUCCUGGGUGUCUGGAGGGAGGACAAGAUAUUGGCUCCAUUCCCAUGUCGCCAACCCCUACUACACCCACCAUAACCACACCCGGAACCCCCAAGUCACCUUUACCCUGCACAGCCACCACUCCAACAAAGACCGGAGUCCCAGAUACAAUCAAAUCCAGCCCAGGUGUUCUUCUUGUGUCCCCUCCCUCGUUGCCCCAGCUGGGCGCCAUAUUACCCAGCAGUCAGGCUGCUCCAACUGUUUCGCAGCCAGUCACAUCCCAACACGCGGCCAGGAUAGUGAGUCACCUGGCGGCAGGCUCCCUCCCUCAGGUGCGGGUGGUCUCCACUCAGUCCGGUCUUGCUUCUUCGGCAGGAAGUCAGCAGGCCACAAUGGUACAUCAGACCCCUCACCAGAUCAGGAUGCCGGUGUCGGUGGCAGCCAAGGGAAUUUCACAGGCAGUGGUUUCUGUACCUCUGAGGAGUCAGUCUGCUAGUAGUCCGGUCCAUGUGCCGACCACUCUGUCUGUGUCUGCCGUAGCUAUGGCCAAACCUCAAGCUGGAUCACCUGGUAGCCCAGCUAAUAACCCUGCCUCCCCUGCUGUGUUGCAAGGGGUCGCAAGCCCAAAUAUCAAACAGGUGUCCAUAACUGGCCAGUUGGGAAUGAAGACUGCAGGAGGGGCAGGAAUCCCAAUAACCGCCACGAACCUGCGCAUCCAGGGUAAAGAUGUCCUCCGUCUUCCACCAUCCUCCAUCACCACCGAUGCUAAAGGCCAGACGGUGCUGCGGAUCACCCCAGACAUGAUGGCAACUCUCGCCAAAUCCCCAGUUGCAACUGUCAAACUCACUCCCGACUUCCUGAGCACUGCCACCACAGGCAGCAAGAGCAUAUCAGCCACUCUCCAUGUGACGUCAUCACACCCUUCGGCUUCCUCUGCCUCUGUUGCUACAUCCUGUACAGGGGAGGUACAGACCAGUAAAGCAGGGCCUGUUGCCUCUACCUUGCUGAAGGCUGCAGGUGACACAGCCAUACGCCUAAUGCCGACAUUGGCCGUCACUGUGGCCGACCAGAAAUCGAGGACCUUCUCGACCGUGUCCUCCCCGGACAAGAGUGGUGCCACCAUUCGGAUAAUGCCAGGCCUCGGUGUUAUACCACAGAAACAGGGUCAGACCAUCACAAUGACAACCACCACUGGUGGUAAACCACUCACAGCGUCUACGUGCGCUAAUGUCGUGACCAUGGCUGCCAGUGUUGUGGCUGCUGCGAAGGGGAUCACAGUUGCUCCCGGAGCUUCGGGCUCACCGCUGGCGCUAGGAACAGCUACAGCCACAGUGCGGCAGGUCCCUGCCUCUGUGGUUACUACCACAACGGGGAAGCUACCUGCCCGGAUAACUGUGCCUCUCUCUGUCCUCAACCAACCACUGAAGAGCAAAAGCGUUGUGACCACACCUAUUGUGAAAGGAAGUCUCAACACAAAUAUCAGCAGUCUGGGCAGGAACAUCAUCCUGACCACGAUGCCUGCUGGCACGAAGCUGAUCGCAGGGAACAAACCGGUCAGCUUUGUCACAGCACAACAGUUCCAGCAGCUUCAGCAGCAAGGACAGGCCACACAGGUUCGCAUUCAGACUGUUCAGGCCCAGCAGCUCCAGCAGCACAUGGCAACAGGCUCCCCAAAGUCUGUUUCUACAGUUGUAGUCACAACAGCACCUUCACCUAAAUGUGCACCUGAUCCCCCGUCUGCACCUCAACAGUGAUCUCUUGCCACAAAUUGUUGGUCCACUGCGCGAAAUACGUGCCUGUAUUUGGUCGUCAAAGUAAUUUUGUUCUCAAGCUGUUUCAGGCUCAUUUGUCUUGUGUCUAACAAAUUAAGUUAUUGUUAUUGCAGCGUGCAGUUUGGCUUUCUGCAACCAUAUUUGGUCAGGGUGCAUCGAAAUCCUGAUUUACUUUUUCUUUCAGCUGUUGACAAACUUGAAAAAGACCAGCUGCACGGUUGGUGUUCUACCUAAAUAUAACCAGAAAUCAAAACUUGUCUGAACCAAUAAUUCAGUAUUGUCCCAAUUGGCAGUUUGUUAACUAUGUGAUUUAAUAUCAACAAAUGUAAAGUGAAUUAGACUUAUGUCUGUUUGAUUUAUUUGAAUGUUGUGACUUGUUGGUUUUUGUUUUAAUACAUUAUUUGUUCUCUUA